CCCACUAACACCUGGAAGAGUCCAGGAAAUCUCAAGAUGUUGGAGACGUAUGUUACUCCGCUCUUGAUGAGUUAUGUGAACCGAUACAUAAAGAACCUGAAGCCAUCAGACCUGCAGUUCUCACUAUGGGGAGGGGAUGUGGUCUUGAGCAAGCUGGACCUGAAGCUGGAUGUCCUGGAGCAGGAGCUGAAGUUGCCCUUUACGUUCCUCAGUGGUCACAUUCAUGAACUCAGAAUGCAUGUUCCAUGGACCAAGCUGGGUUCAGAACCAGUGGUCAUCACCAUCAACACAAUGGAGUGCAUCCUCAAACUGAAGGAUGGGGCCCAGGAUGACCACGAGAGCUGCGGCUCCAGCUCCACCAGCCGCAGCGCCUCAGAGAGCUCCAAGUCGUUGGCCAAGCAGCGCCGAAUCCAACAGGCUUCUCCCAGUGACCCAGACCUGCCCCCAGGAUAUGUUCAGAGCCUGAUCCGACGUGUGGUCAACAAUGUCAACAUCGUAGUGAACAACCUCAUUCUGAAGUAUGUGGAGGAUGAUAUUGUGCUGUCAGUCAACAUCACUUCGGCAGAAUGCUACACAGUGGACGACCUGUGGGACAGGGCCUUCAUGGAUAUCGCUGCUCCUGAUCUGGUCUUGAGAAAAGUCAUUAAUUUUUCGGACUGCACCGUAUGCCUGGACAAGAGAAACGCCAGCGGAAAGAUUGAGUUCUAUCAGGACCCUUUACUCUACAAGUGCUCUUUCAGGACGCGGAUGCACUUCACCUACGACAACCUCAACUCCAAGAUUCCUGCUGUCAUCAAAAUCCAGACCAUGGUGGAGUCUCUGAAGCUAUCCAUCACAGAUCAGCAGCUACCCAUGUUUAUUCGGGUGAUGGAACUGGCUGUGGCGCUGUACUACGGAGAGAUUGGCGGCCACAAGGAAGGCGAAAGUGAGGACACCAGUGAACAUGCCAGAGAGGCUGUGGUCAGCAUCCCUUACAACCAGGCCGGGGUUGGACAGUACCCGAGCCCCGAUCAGCACAUGCAGCCUGGAGCCGAGGAUGAUGACCAAGGCUGGGUGUCCUGGGCCUGGUCCUUUAUCCCUGCUAUCGUGAGCACAGGAGAGGAAGGUGAAAAUGCCUUCUAUAUGGAGACAGAGGAGGGCGGCGGCCCAGGUGGUACUGUGCAGCACACCCCCAAAGACCCCAUAGUGUCAAUUGGCUUCUACUGCACCAAGGCCUCAGUCACAUUCAAGUUGACGGAGAGCAGCUCAGAGAGUAGCUACUACAGUCCACAGAAGGUCAAAUCAAGAGAAGUGCUCUGUGUUGAACUGGAAGGAAUCACUGUCGAGGCAUUGAUGAUGGGUGAACCAUUCUUCGACUGUCAGAUUGGUUUUGUUGGAUGCCGUGCUCUGUGCUUAAAAGGAAUCAUGGGUGUGAGGGACUUUGAGGAGAACAUGAAUAGACGGGAAGAGGAUGCUGUAUUCUUCAGCUGUGGUGAGAGUCUUAGUACCAAAGGCAUGACGUACCUGACCAACUCCUUGUUUGACUACCGAAGCCCAGAGAACAACGGUGUCCGUGCCGAGUUCAUACUGGACGGCAGUCUUCAUAAAGAGACCUACUCAGAGACUGCUGGCAUGCAGCGCUUUGGUGCUUUUUACAUGGAUUACCUUUACACAAUGGAGAACAGCAGUGGCAAAGUGUCUGUUGGCCCACAGGACUUCCUGUCCGUGGGGAAAGAGGAGGUGGUGGUGCCCCUGGUACAGGAGACUUCUGUUAAGAGACUGGUGGUGGGUCCGUUGGAGGUGCAUCUUCACAGCAGUGCCGUCCACCGCAUCCUUAAGAUGGUGGCCUGCGCCCUUGAUCAUGAGUAUGAACCUUACUGCAAACCCAAGCCAGAUGUGGUGGAGGAGAACAGGGCUCCACCGAGUCAGGAGGAGGUGGCGGCCCUAGAGGAGUUUAUACCCACUCGGCUGACCUCUGUUACGCUGCUAAAAGCCUCUGUUACAGUGUCCAUGGCAGAGUUCAACCUGUUGCAUACCAUUUUGCCCAUCAUUCUUGGACAAAAGGGAGCUCCUUCCCUGACCAACACACCUGUGUUUCAGCCAGUCAGGCCUCUUCCUGCUGUGAGGCUACAGGUGGAUAAAAUAAAUCUGGAGCACUCAGUGCCAAUGUAUGCUCCUGAACUGGUCAGUGUGGUGAGCAGCAUCAGUCAGCCAUCCGACAACCUGCUCCAUCACUGCUAUGCACACUGCUACCUCAAGGUGUUUGGAUUCCAAGCAGGUUUGACACUGAUGGACGGCGACGGAGCCUUUUUGCCUCUCAUUCCCAUCAUCCCCUCCUUCAGCACUGCGCUAUAUGGGAAGUUGCUCCGAUUACCCGCAUACUGGACCAAGAGGUCUUCGGUUCCCAUCACUGAAUGUAUUUUUGAACUCCCCCACUUCACGCUGCAGGCCACCAGAGCCCAGACGAUGCUGCAGCAAGCGAUCUGCCAGAGCUGGACCCACAGUCUGGGAAAUGGAGCCUCCCCAGGGAUCAAUGAAGCCUUGCUCAAUGAGGUCUACAAAGUGUCAGGUGCAAAGUUGUUUAGUCCAGCACCCAUUUUGGAGGGCACGGUCCAAAGCGUGGAGCUCAAGUUCUGUCGCCGGGCAACAGUGCGGUGUGCCUCAGGGACGGUGGGAGCAGUAAAAGUCUGCGCCAGGACCCUAGGAGCAGCAGAGGGGCAAAAGGAACGUCUAGUUCCUCUGCUUCAGGGCCCAUCUGAUACCAAGGAGCUUCACAUGAGUCGUUGGCUUAAUGAAAUCCGGAAGCCUGAAUCACUGCUGGCGCCCGACCUGUUGGCUUUCUCCAUCCAGGUGCCGCAACAAGGAAGCGACUGCCGCAACUCCGGUGCUGUGCUGCUGGUCAGUAUCCAGGGAAUUGCUGUGAAUGUGGAUCCGGUCUUCUGCACUUGGCUGCUACACCAGCCACAAAGAUCUAGUGGCAGCCGACAGUCACAACAGGCUGCAGGGGUGGUUCCCAUGAUGAUGCCCAUGGCCAAAAGGAGGGACGAUGAAGUGUCUGUGGGGAGUGCUCCCCUUGCCAAGCAACCCUCCAAUCAAGCCUCAGAUUACGCCAGCAGCCCUGUCAAAACCAAGACAGUGACAGAAUCUCGACCUCUCUCAGUACCCAUGAAAGUGAUGCCCUCCACCACCGAGACCUCCUGGGUUUCCCCUGAGGAACGCAUGAAGGAACUCAUUGCUAGCGUGUGGGACACUGUCAAACGGCUCACUCUACAGCUGGAGCUGCAGGCCUGCUGUGUUUUUGUGCCCAAUGACAGCCUGCCUUCGCCGAGCACCAUUGUGUGUGGUGAUAUCCCUGGCACUGUGCGUAGCUGGUACCACAACCAAGCCUCCAUGCCUGGUACAGUGGUGGUCUGCUUGCCCCAGAUCAGCGUCAUGAGUGCCGGCCACAAAAACAUGGAACCCUUGCAGGAGAUCCCCUUCACAGUCCCUAGGCCCAUUCUUGAGGAAGGCGACGCGUUCCCAUGGACUGUCUCUCUGAGUCAUUUCAGUGUAUACACUCUGCUGGGACAGCAGCGCUCCCUUAGUUUACUGGAGCCUAUGGGCUGCACUUCCACAUUGGCUGUCACUUCUCACAAGACGCAGCCAACUGCUGGGCCCGAAGGCCGUCAUGCAUUCGUUGUCUGCCUGCACGUGGACCUGGACCCGGUGCACAUCAAGUGCUCCAAUCCGCAGGUGCAGUUGCUGUACGAGCUCUUCCUGAGCUGGAGUUCCACGUGGGAGCGAAUGCAGAGGACAGGUAUGCUGAGGCAGACCUCUGCUCUUCCCGACUCCAGCCCUACACAGGCUGGCCUCCACUCUCCUGUGCACAGCAGUGCCGGUACUGCACCCCCUGACACCAGCACAUGCAGCCCCUCUGCUGACUUUGGAUCUCCAACUGAGGGGGAUUCUGUUCCAGCAGCUGAGGAUUCGCCGUUCUCAGAUACAGUAACGCUGGAGCAGAAGACCAGUAGUAUUGGCGGGGCCAGUGGAAAGGUCAGCCUGUGGAUGCAGUGGAUGCUUCCAAAGGUAGCCGUAAAUCUGUUUGCUCCCGAUCCGACUGCCAAAAAAACAGAGAUUUGUGUGAUUGCGGAGAUGGAGGAUCUGAGCGCCUCAGUGGAUAUGCAGGACAUCUACACCAAGGUCAAGUGCAAAGUUGGCAGCUUCAACAUCGACCACUACAAGAGCAGCCCCAAGGAGAGCCCCUCCUGUGUGGGCCGCUACGUUGGGGUGGUUCUCUCUUGCACUGACAAGCUGAACAGACGCACAGUGCUUGUUCGACCCGUCAGCAAGCAGGACCCUUUCAGCCACUUCUCUGGCUUCUUUCCUCCUACUGCCGCCAAAGCCCUGGAGGUGUCGCAUCAGCAGCAUGGUUUUCUAUCAGUUACCUACACGCAGGCGGUUACACGCAAUGUGCGGCACAAGCUGACGGCCCGCCAGGAGCGAGGUUCACGUGGCGCCGUUCUGAGCCCGCCACGGAUGAGUGAGAGCACCACGGACGGGUCGCCACAGCACCUGCAUGAGAUACUGCUCACAGCCCAACCUUUUGACCUGGUUCUGUCCUGCCCCCUGCUGGCCACCAUCGCUGGCAUCUUCCGCACGACUCCCCCCCGGCGGCGGCCCAUCAGGGAGCGUGGGCACUCGGUGGGGCAGCCUAUGAGGGGCCAUGCCCUCACCUCCAGCAGCCUGCCUCUCAUUUAUGUCAACACCAGUGUUAUUCGAGUGUUCUGCCCAGGCCCACAGGAGACACACAGUGAGUCACAUGUGAAAAAGGAGGACACUUUGGUGUUGAAGAUUGGUUCAGUCAGUAUGGCCCCACAGGCAGAUAACCCUCUCACCCGCACUGUGCUCCGCAAGGACAUCUACCAACGAGCUCUAAACCUAGGCAUCCUGCGGGACCCUGGCUCAGAGGUAGAGGAUCGUCAGUACCAGAUCGACCUUCAGUCCAUUAAUAUUGGCACUGCCCACUGGGAUCAACUCCGACCUGAGAAAGAGGGCACCAAGGGUGGCACGGCAGCUGAGAGUGAGAGGAAUUCCCAGAAUCCUGCACUGGAGUGGAACAUGGCCAGCAGUAUAAGGAGACAACAGGAGAGGAGAGCCAUCCUUACACCCAUCCUGACAGACUUCUCUGUACGAGUUACUGCAGCUCCAGCAAUCAUCUUCAGCAAGCCUAUCUCCCCUGACAACAUCCAAGUGGAGGAGAUUGUGGUGUGUGGCCAUUCUCUAGAAGUGAACAUCACCUCCAGUCUGGAGUUCUUCCUCAGUGUGGCACAGGUUCAGCUCCUGCAGCAGUUGCUCAGGGCAAACAUCGUUGGAGCUGACAUUCCAGAGAAAGGAUCAGAGGUUCACAGUCAGGAGCAGCAGGGCAGUUCCACCUCUGGCGCAAGCUCAGCAGACCUCUCUUCACAACGUAGUGCUCAUGGAGCACAGGACAGUGGAUUUGGCAGCGACAGCGCCCGACUACGCAUCGUCCAGAUUGAACAACAGAGUGGUGCCAGCCAUCAUCGCCUCGUCCGGCCGUCUCAACAGUCCACCAUCACGAAGAACCUUAGCUUUAUCCCCUUUGACAUUUUCCUCACGGCCGGACAUCUCUCCCUCUUAACUUACGCCUCUACCCGCGGUCCCGCCAAAACCCACGGUCCAAGUGAAGAACGUCUGGGCAAGAGUGCCCUUAACAUGCCUGAACCAGACCAAGACAUCUCCCAGACCCAAACCUCCGAUAUCUCAAUGCUGACGGCAGAUGAUCUCCUGAACAGUAAGGGUACCCGAAGCAUCAGUGGUGGGAUCUAUACUUUAGAGAGCCUCUCGGCCCCCGCGCGUUCUUCUGCCCGGCAGGCGUUGGGGGUGACGGUUGUCAGACAGCCAGGCCGCCGAGCAGCAGACGAUUCUGUUCUGGAGCCCCUGCUCUACUUGCAAAUUCAACAGCCUUCAGCCCUACUCAGCUGCCACCACCGUAAGCAGAGGCUGGAGCUGUCUGUCUUUGAUGUGGCCCUCAAGGGUGUUUCCACCAGCUACAAAUGCCUAGACCCUGGGAAGUCUCUGCCGGAAGCCCUGGACUACAGCGUGUUCUGGCUGCAGACAGUAGCUGGAGAGGCUGACAACCGCACAGGCAUCCCUCCUCCCCUGCUUACACUACAAAUCAAGGACUUCCUCAAUGGUCCAGCUGACUUGAAUGUGGAGCUCUCCCGUCCACUGAAGAGUAACCUCACUUUGGCCAAAGUGGAGCAGGCCAAGGGCUUCCUGAGGAAGAUCUUCCCUGAGAGCACGCAUGAGCCUACCAAAGCACCAUCUACCCCACAGUCCUCUCCGCAGAAGACUUCUGUGUCACGUGGUCUGACUGGACCAGUUAGUACAGCUUCUUCACCAACCAGUAUCUGGACACUGGCCAACUCCCUCCAGACCCUCGCUCCUUUUCACAAGGUCUCGCUCCAUACCGUCCAAAUGGUUGUCGUCAUGGAGACAGAGAGCCACGUUGCAAGGCCUAGUUUGACAGUGGGUGUAUCUGGUAUGACUGGCAGCUUGAUCAUGAAGAGUGGGCCUAAGGUGACUGAUCCAGUUCAACUAACAUCAGUUGUGUUGGAGCUGGAGGAUGUUCUGGUGAAGACUGGUCUAAAAGAUCACAGUCAGGUGCUGCUGGGGCCUUUCUCCUGCAGUGCUGACCUGGAGGCUCGCUGGUGCCGUCACAGUGGUAGCCCUGGCCCAGAACCAGGCCCUCCCAAAUUACUGCUGGACCUCAAAGGAGGCCUUUUACAGGUCUUCUGGGGACAAGAGCAGAUGAACUGCGUGACUCUGGUGCACGAGCACCUCCAGGGCUACCUGAGCAAAGCUGAUUCAGCUGAGUUAAAGCCUGAGGAACAUGCCCUUCACACCCAACCCCCUCCAUCACCACGUCCCCGAUCUCCCCGCACUGAACACAGCUCUGAUGACCUGCGCACUGGCCUGUUCCAGUACAUCCAAGACUCCGCCUCUCAGAAAUUGCCGGGAGCUCAUGAGGUGGUCUUCUACAAUGAAACAGACGACAGUCCUGGGAUGAUGCUGUGGAGAUACCCCGAGCCCAGGGUCCUCACCUUUGUUCGGAUCACUCCUGUUCCAUUCAACACCACGGAGGAUCCAGACAUCAGCAUGGCAGAUCUGGGAGAUGUUCUACAGGUCCCUUGCAGUCUGGAGUACUGGGAUGAGCUACAGAGAACUUUCGUGCCUUACCGUGACUUCAGCCUGUCAGAGAGCAGUGCCUGUGAACUGCAGCUGCCCAGUCUCAGCCUGGAACACCAGCAGAAGGACCUGGUGGCCUCUGACCUCUGGAGAGUGGUGCUCAAUAACACAGCUGAUGGAGGGGAUGAGCAGAGUUCAGACAGUGAGUCGGGCUCCCAGGUCCCCUGUGACCAGCUGGUCUCACCCACUGCUCUGGCUGCCUGCACUCGCGUGGAUUCAUGUUUUGCCCCCUGGUUUGUGCCCUCGCUGGGUGUCUCUCUUAAGCUGGCCCACCUGGAGAUCCACCUUUGCCACCACCUGGAGCAGCUGGGCACAGUUCCAUCUCAGAGGCUCCGUCCCUUCCUGCCAGACAGAAAGUUACCUCAAGAUCAAGAAUACGCGGUUUUGGGAGCUCGUGAGCCACGACUGUACCUACGACAGUGGAGCGGCGGCAACAUGCUCUGCCAAGAACUUAAUUUCUCCUCUGAGCUGAACUGCCAGCUACUGGAGUACCGCAACCUCACCAUGCUACCGCUGGUGCAGCCCUUCCACCUACGGGGCCAGGCCACCGCCACACUCUGGCCUCAGGGCCAGAGACAUCUGGACUGCAGCAUGUUUGUGGAGCCUAUCCAGGCCUCUGUCAGCCAGUACAUAGUACACACGCUGGACCUGGCCAGACAGGGUUGGCAGCAGAACCUGAACCCCGAGGCAGACGAGCUGGUCUUCAGCCACUAUGUGAUUUGCAACGACACUCAGGAGACGCUCCGCUUUGGCCAGGUGGACACCGAUGAGAACGUACUCCUGGCCAGCGUUCACAGCCACCAGUACUGCUGGCGCUCUCACAAGACUCCACAGCUGCUGCACAUCUGCAUUGAGGGUUGGGGGAACUGGCGGUGGUCGGAGCCAUUCAGCAUCGAUAACGUGGGGACACUGGUACGAACCAUCCAGUACAAAGGCCAGACCGCCUCACUCAUCAUUAAGGUCCAGCAGCUGAACGGCGUUCAGAGACAGAUCAUUAUAUGUGGCCGACAGGUAAUGUGCAGUUACCUGAGCCAGGCCAUAGACCUGCGUGUAGUGCAGCACUAUGUGGGCCCAGAUGGACAGACGGUGGUUCGGGAACAUGUGGACUGUUUGGAGCCUGGUUGUAAACUGCCCUCCUACGUGCUGGAGGAUGAUGAGAUGACGGAGCUGUGUGUGAGAGCCCAUGGGGAUGAAGACUGGUCCCAGGACGUGUGUCUGGAGAAGAAGGACAAAAGCAGCAGCUCUGUGGUACAGGUGCCAUGUUCCAAUGGGUCUUUGCUCUAUGUGUGGUGCACUCUGAUUACACUGGAGCAAAACGCUCCCAUGCAACAGAGAGUUGUGGUCUUCAGUCCACUCUUCAUCAUGAGAAGCCACCUUCCUGAUCCUGUCAUCAUCCAUGUGGAGAAGAGGAGUCUUGGACAGAAGGAGAGUCAGCUUAUCCGGGGGCAGGGCCACGAGGAGGCUCUGCUUAAUGUGGAGGCAGACCUGACUCACCACCUCACCUUCCAGGCCAGAGAAGAAGAAGACGCUUCACACUGCGCUGUACCCAUUUCCACCAGUCUGAUUAAACAGAUCGUGAAUAAGACCUCCACAGAGGACUCCCUAGAGCACAUCCUUUCUGACUUCUAUGGAGUAAAGAGCUCUGCCCAGUUACCUUGGCCCUACACCAGCAAAGACUUGGAAAGGUCCAGUGGAGAGUCUCUGGCCCAGUGGGACAGCCCCAUGCAGGUGAAGCUUUCUGCCUGGAAAAACGGCCUCAACACCAUGCUCAUCGAGCUGCUGCCGUGGGCCAUACUGGUCAACCAGUCCCACUGGGACCUGUGGCUGUUUGAGGCGGAGAAAAUCAUCCUUCAGAUCCCUGCUGGGAAGGCUAUCGUGCCGCCCAAUUUCCAGGAAGCAUUCCAGAUUGGCAUUUACUGGGCCAACACAAACACAGUCCACAAGUCUCCGGCCCUGAAGCUGGUGCAUGACUUAACAUCACCACGCUGGAAAGAGGGAUCCAGCACAGAGCUGCUGACUCUGGAUGAAGAGGGAUAUGUGUAUGCUGACAUCAGCCUGGGAGCUUUUCCCAGUCGACAGAAGCUUUGUCAGUUCUGUGUCUCGUCUGUGGUAAGACAUGGGAUCCAGGUGUUGCAGAUUGAGGACAGAACCAUCCUCGUCAACAACACACCUUACGCUAUCGGCUAUAGAGCCCUGCUCUCAGAGCACGCGCUGGCCUCCGCAGAUCAGCCUUUCAGUGGCCCCGAUGCAAGUGUGUUUACCAUGGACCCGAUGGUGGAAAAUCAGCCCACUGUCUGUGCUGUCCCAUGCUGGGAGGUAGUGAGAGAAAGCCCUACGGCGGAGCUGGAGUCCCCCUUGCCUCUCAAACACAUGGUCUUUAGCAGCUGUUCCUCAGGGGUGGAGCAUGCCUGGAGCCUGCCCGCACCCGUUCGGCCAGACUUCCCCCGGCAGAGCGUGGCCGUACCCAGGGUGCCGUGCUCCAGCGGUAGCCUCAGCACCAGGGCCCUGGUCCUGACCUAUCAGGAGCACUUUGGUAUAACGUAUAUCACAUUAAGUGAAGAUCCCUGUCCGCGAAUGCUGAUUCAUAACAGAUGCCCUAUGGGCAUGCUACUUAAGGAAAAUAUUAAAGAGACGCCCAGGACAGAGGUGUUUUGUCACCCACUGCCUCCGCUCUCAUCGCAGCACCACGAACUCUAUCACCACGCCUCAAACUUCCCCGACUGUCGGCAGAGAGAACCGCUGCCCACCUUACUGCUGCGUGCCUGUCCGGACCCCCAAAUCAGCCCCCAAAACACGCCUGAAUGGACAGACGCUAUCGAUAUUAAUAGCCCUGGGACACAGGUCGUGUUCCUGCCAAGUUUUGGUUGUUUGUACAUUGAUGUGACUCACCAGAGUGGCACCAUCAUUCUGACGUUAGCCCCCGAAAGUUGUGCUGCUUCAGUCAUAAGUCAACAUCACAGGUAUACGGUCUCCUUUAGAGUGCUGUUGAGUGAGAUCAGCGUGGCGCUCUGUGAUGACACCACCAGCCCCACGGGCUCCAUCGAGCUGCUCCGACUGACAAUGUCCAAGCUCCUGGUGCACUCCACCCCACCGCCUGAGCAGGGAGACAGUGGGGCAGAUGCCAGGGUCACCAGUGGAAGUCUUAUUCAGGUUCACUGUGCCAGCCUGCAGGUGGACAACCAGCUCUAUAACCGUGCCAGCUUCCACUUCCCCGUGUUACUGUGUCAGGAGCAUCGAGCAGAGCUUUCGGUCUGGACCAGCGAAGCCAACCCGAUGCUCUCGUCUCAGGCCCUGGAGGAGUACUGCAACGCCUGCUUCCUCGUUCUUGGUGUGACGCUGGCCGAGGACGGACACCGUUUAGACCAGGUCACGUUCCAGCUGAAGCCUGCGCGCAUAUACCUCGAGGACACCUUCGUGUACUACAUCAAAACCCUGUUACAUACGUACUUACCGGACACUACCCCGGUGACGGGGUCUAAGAGACGCGGCUUGGCUUUGCCGGCGUUGGUACUGCAGUCUAUGCAGGCCUUGGUUCAUCCCCUUCGACUACAGAGGCUGGUCAUCCAACCGGUCAGCUUGUUGGUCAGCAUCCAUGCUUCCCUCAAGCUGUACAUCGCCUCCGACCACACGCCGCUGUCUUUUUCGCUGUUCGAGAGGGGUCCGCUCUGCACCACGGCCAGACAGCUGGUACACGCCCUCGCAAUGCACUAUGCUGCAGGGGCACUCUUCAGGGCAGGCUGGGUAGUUGGAUCUUUGGAGAUUCUGGGCAGUCCGGCCAGUCUGGUGCGCAGUAUUGGAAACGGCAUCGCCGAUUUCUUCCGUCUGCCUUAUGAGGGUCUGACCCGCGGGCCUGGUGCCUUUGUCAGCGGAGUGUCUAGAGGGACCACCUCAUUUGUCAAGCACAUCUCCAAAGGGACCCUUACCUCCAUAACCAACCUGGCCACUAGUUUGGCACGGAAUAUGGAUCGUCUCUCUCUGGAUGAAGAGCACUACACUCGGCAGGAGGAAUGGAGACGCCAGCUCCCAGAGAACCUCGGAGACGGCCUGAGACAGGGGCUCUCACGCCUGGGCAUCAGCCUCCUGGGGGCUAUCGCGGGUAUUGUGGACCAGCCCAUGCAGAACUUCACAAGGACUUGGGAGGUGCAGAGCUCUGCAGGCAGCAAAGCCAAGGGUGUCAUCUCCGGAGUGGGAAAAGGCAUCGUGGGAGUUUUCACUAAACCCAUUGGAGGGGCUGCUGAGCUGGUCUCCCAGACUGGAUAUGGGAUCCUACACGGUGCGGGUCUAUGGCAGCUUCCUAAACAGCUCUAUCAGCCUUCAGAGGGAAAGUCUUCUCAAGCGGCCAACAGCCACGUCAAAUACGUCUGGAAGAUGCUGCAGUCUCUGGGCCGGCCGGAGGUGCACAUGGCUCUGGAGGUGACGAUCGUGAGCGGUUCCGGUCAGGAGCACGCCGGCUGUCUGCUGCUGAGUGGGGAGGUGUUGUUUGUGGUCAGUCUGAGUGAAGACACACAGCAGCAGGCUUUCCCCAUCACUGAGGUGGAAUGUCAACAGAAUCCUCAACAGCCCAACCAGCUGACACUCACUCUGUGUCAACACAGGGUGACCAGCGACAACGAGGGCGAGGGUGUUCGGGAACGCCUGUCUGAGCAGCAGUACACCAGGCUGGUGGACUACGUGAAACGGGUCUCUCAGUACCUCUCCCCGUCAGCCACCAGCCUCCAGCAGCAGAGCCUCGUCACGGCUGCAGAGCCCCCACCUAACGUCACUAAAACCUACCACUACCUAGUGGACCCGGCCUUUGGCCGAGUCUUCGUCUGUAAGUUCAACAUGGUGAAGAACAAAGCUCUGCGCAUUGGCUUCCACUGAGAGAACCCCGGAGAGGCGGGCAAUGUCGCUGCUCAGGCGUCGGAAAACACUCUUAUACUCCAGUUUUGUCUACAUUCCACAGACCGGCUGGUCAGUUAGGGUUGUGUUUGUCGGCUUCCGAGGCGAUUUUCAGAGUUUUUGAAUGUUACAUGUUCUUGUAGCAUACGGGCUCUAACUACAUUAAUAGACUAAUAAUAAGACAGGAAGAGAUGAGGAGAUUGAUGAAAACAAGUUUAUACAUGAGGUGGAGUUUUUAUGUACCAGGCUCAGCAGCACACACAGAGUCUGUUUAAAAAGGGAAACACUUUAGUCUGAUUACUUUAGUUACAGAUUUUAUUUAAAGACACAAUAGCACAGAGACCUGCAAUGCCGCUAAACGCUCUCAUCAAAUAGCCUAACAAAACCAUAUGAUCAUAUGAACAAGACAUUUAUUGACCCGUUUUGAGAUGCAUCCAUCGCCUACUGUAUUUAUUAUGAAAAGAGCUGUCCAUAAGUGGAAGCACAGAUCUUUAUAGAGACAUUGCUAGACUGUUGCAUUAAUAUAAAAGCAAAUGGGUUGAAAGGCUAAGGAACACAUCUUUUGAAAUUGCAUUCCGUUCAUGUAAUUCAUGAGAGAGAUCAGUUUGUCAUUUACAGGUUAUGCCUUUGAACACUAAAGACUUUGGAGGAGUGUUCUGAGAUGUGUAAGAAGAGACAGC